GCGGCGAAGUUUGAAAAGAAACCCGCUCAGAGUUGGUAUGGCUGAACAAGGAUGUGGACAAAGACGGUGACCGCUACGAAGAGAAAAUGAGAACAAACUACUAAAUUAAACAACUCUCCGGAAGGCUUUACUGUACAGAAUUUCUCCAAACAGGUAGCUAACUGAAUUUGAAUUGUUUGACACCAUGGAGACUACGAUCCUGAACCUCCAGAGCCUAUAUGAAAAUCUGAGGACUCAUGUUGACCUUAUGAAUGAGAAUAUUGAGCCCAGUUUCAUUCAGAUGCUGCAGAACUUUGAGGACUGCCGCCGCAGAUGGGCGAGGUCUCUGGAUGAACUGGGAUCCUGCAAGGAUAUGCUGAGAAAAGCGGAGAUGGAGAGAGGAGCCUUGGAUGUGAAGCUGAAACACGCCCGCAACCAAGUGGACGUGGAGAUCCGGCGCAGACAAAAGGCAGAGGCCGACUGCGAGACACUGGACCGUCAGAUUCAGUUGAUCCGGGAUCUUUUAACGAGUGAGGGAUCCACCAACAGCCUCCAGCUGAGUGCUGAACAACGCUCUGCUCUGGCCUUCCUCAAUACAAACUGCCAAGCUAAUCAUCAGAAUACCAGUCGGAGAUUGUUGACAAUAGAUGAGUCUGCCUCCAUCUUGUCAGAUAUAAGCUAUGACAAAACCGACGACUCCAUUGAUUGGGAUUCGUCCAACAUCAGGACAGUACGGCUCAAGAAGCGAGAAAAGAGGCGCUCCUCCAGAAAUCUCAUUGAUGGCCCUCCAAGUGCUUCUAAAAGAUCCCGAUCGACAGGCAGAACCUCAGAAAGGCAGGGAAGUGAGACGCUUGUGACAAAGACGACAGUGACUGUGCCUGCGAAUGGAGGACCUGUUGAGGCCAUUUCUACCAUAGAGACGGUUCCUUACUGGACUCGCAACAGGAGAAAGACCGCUGCCAUGGAGUGGGACUCUGAAUCUGUCAAGUCUGAGAAUGUUUUUAAGGCCCCUGAACAUCCUGAUGGAGACAAUAAAGCUGAGCCCAGCACUCCACAAAGCAAAGGAGGCAUCCGUCUGCACGAGUUUGUCUCCAAAACUGUAAUCAAGCCUGAAUCUUGUGUGCCGUGUGGAAAAAGAAUCAAGUUCGGCAAGAUUUCACUGAAGUGUCGUGACUGCAGGGUGGUCUCGCACCCCGAGUGUCGCGAGCGAUGCCCGCUGCCGUGCAUCCCCAACAUGGGUGGCACACCCGUCAAAAUCGGACAGGGCGUCCUUUCAGACUACGUUCCUGACACGGCGCCCAUGAUUCCUCCCCUCGUGGUUCACUGUGUGAGUGAGAUUGAACAGAGGGGUUUGCACGAGGCUGGUCUUUAUCGUCUGUCCGGCGCCGAUCGCACAGUGAAGGAUCUGAAGGAGAAGUUCCUCCGCAGCAAAACCAUUCCUGUGCUCAGCAAGGUGGACGACAUCCACGCCAUCACCGGCCUCCUCAAGGACUUCCUGAGGAACCUGAAGGAUCCUCUGCUCACGUUUCGCCUCAACCGGGCCUUCAUGGACGCAGCCGAGGUUUCAGAUGAAGACAACAGCGUAGCUCUGAUGUACCAAACCAUCAGUGACCUGCCGCAGCCCAACAGAGACACGCUGGCUUUCCUGAUUCUCCACCUCAAAAGAGUUGCUGACAGUUUGGACACCAAGAUGGACAUCAGCAACCUGGCCCGGGUUUUUGGUCCAACCAUUGUUGGUCAUGCUGUUCCCAACCCAGAACCAAUGACCAUCCUGCAGGAUACCAAACGCCAACCAAUGGUGGUGGAGCGCCUGCUGUCUCUGCCGGUGGAUUACUGGAGUCAGUAUGUGAUGGCUGAAACUGUGCAGCCCAAUCUGAACCAUUUGAUCAUCGAGAACGCAAACUGCUACGCCACCCCUGAGAGAAUGAGCAUACUUGGACCGCUAACCACACCAGAACACCAGCUAAACAAAACGCCGUCCUCCAGCUCCCUGUCUCAGCGGAUGAAGUCCACUCUGACGCCCAGAUUUGGAAGCAAGAGUAAAUCGGCCGUUGGGUUUACUCAUCAAGGGAAGUUCUUCUCUUCUCCACUCCUCAAAUAAUCCAGCAUAUCUCCGACUAAUCUCCGUCUGUACUGAACUGCACAUUAAAAGACGAGCGCCGAUGUAAUUUGUUUACGAAAGAUUGUUUUAAUCAAAUGGUAGGCGCCGCUUUCUGUCGCUUUUACUGAAUUCAGAUUAGAAAAAUGUAGAAUUUUUCUGAAACAUUUCUUUACAAAUUAAAAAAAAACUUUUGUGCAGCUUUUAUUGUGUUUGUUUAAAAAGUUCUUGAGCUCAGAAGCUGAAGAACUGUGAGGCAUUUCAGUUUUGCAUGUAAUUAGAUGUGCUUAUGUUGAUGUGUGAGCUUUUAGUUUAACAUUCCUGUUUCAUUUCCUCUGUUUUCUCUUUGUGGUGAAUCUCCUCAUUACUCAGUGGUUUGUAAUCUAAAUGUGUAGGAGCAUUUAAUCCAUGUUAUUCUUGGCUUCAGAUUAUUGUUACAAGGCGGAGCUUUUUCAUAGACAGUCAUAAUUGGACCAGUAAUGUUUGUGUUUUUGUUGCUCCUUUUUUUUUCUUUUUUUUUUAUGCGUCUUGAGAAAGACAAAAACACAUCAAAGUGGCACUGCCAGUGAUCACAGCAGGUUUCCUGCCUGAUUAUUUCACUCCGGUUUUACUCUUAUUUUACUCUUUGCUGUCUGUAAAGCAAUAAUUUUAUAAGCCAGUUUAGCAACUGUGGCAUUAUUUGGUGACAUUUUAACACAUUUUCUACAGAAGUGUUAUUGUUGUACUUUAUAAAAUACAUUUUUAAUGCCUACAA